AUGGCAGACCAAGAGAAGCAUAACAUGGAAGUUAGAAUGGAAAUUGAUGAGUUGAAAUCAAGCAUGAUUAAGCUUACUGAGAUGAUGCAAGUGUUGAUGGCAAGGACUGAUCCACCUCAGAGAACUGUUAUUUCCGAAGUCGCAACUGCUGUUGUUGAUCCUUCACUUGCUCAGAAGCCACCUUCUACUUGGCCAGAAUUUGGGUUACCUGAGAAUUUCUCCCCAACAUAUGUCAAUGCUUCUAUGGUGGGUCAAACUUCGAGGCAGGUAUUUCAACCUCCAGUCUUUUCUGAACCUCCACCUGUUGUUCAUACUACUGCUCAAGUUGUUCCAGCUCGUUAUGACAAUCCUCUCUAUGAUUACCGUUCUGUUGGUUCUCGAAGUGUUAGUCAAGGAGAUUGUGGUGAAGUUGAAGAAGUCCGUGAGCAAUAUCAGGCAUUGGAAAAGAGACUAAGAGCUAUGGAAGGAAAUAGUUUAAGUGGUGCUUCACUGAAGUGGUACAUGAGUUUGGAAAAGGGUUGUGUUCAAAGUUUCCAAGAUUUAGCUGAUGCAUUCAUGAAACAAUACAAGUAUAAUCUGGAUAUGGCACCUGACCGUCGUCAACUUCAGAAUAUGGCUCAGAAGGAAAAGGAAACUUUCAAAGAAUAUGCUCAACGUUGGAGAGAAUUGGCUUCCCAAGUUGAACCACCUCUGUCUGAGAAAGAAUUGACUAGCUUGCUAGAAGAAGGAAUUAAGAAAGGAAAAGUGUCUGUUGUUGUUGAUUCUUCAAAGAAACCUUUUGGGGGCUUCCAAAAGAAGAAAGAAGGUGAAACUAGUGCUGUUGAAAGGCCUCGACAGAGAGCUCAACAUUAUGAUCAACCUCAGGUAGCUGCUGUUCAAAUUCCUCGUCAAAAUGCUGGUCAGAAUCAGAAUCGUGUUGCAAGGCCUAAAACAGAGUUUGAUCCUAUUCCGAUGACGUAUACUGAAUUGUAUCCUCACUUGGUUCAACUAGGUUUGAUUACCACAAGGUCUUUUACUCCUAGAGAUCCUCCUCCUGCUGGAUUCAGGGCUGAUCUUCAUUGUGAAUUCCAUCAGGGAGCUGCUGGUCAUGAUUUGGAGCAUUGUUAUGCACUGAAGGCUAGAGUGCAAGAUUUGGUCAGAGGAAAAGUGAUAGAUUUCAAAGCUAUAACUCCAAAUGUGCUCAACAAUCCUUUUCCAGUGAAUGACAAAUGA